AUGAUGGAGUGCAAUCGAAUGUACUUUGUGAGAUGCCUCACUGGAGGAACGGAAAUCGUCACUGUGAUUCAAAGCGGUCUUUGUCAAUCAUAUCAAGUUCGCGAGAAGAAAACCGUCAGAUUUCGAUAUCUUGCGAAGGAACAAUUGCGUCAAAAUGUCACAAUCAUUUGGCCACCUGGUUUCAACAAUGAGAAGGGAAUUGAUCUGAAAGUUGCUUCUGUCCUCAACACAGUCACAACAUUCUCAUUUUCUGAUGCAAUCGCUAAUCAAAUAGAAACGAUUUUGGACGGAGAAGCAGCCGGGAUUCUCCAUGUUUUCCCUCAAGAACCCAACUCAGAACUGGCGCCGACUAUUCAAGCAUCGGAAAUCAGAUGUAUUCAGCGAAUCAAUCCACAACCUGAAUGUUUAAUUGAUUCGGAUCGUGGCGUCGAGAUCUCAUUUGGUGCAAGUGAUGAAUAUUUCGAGUUCGCUUUUCGAACCGAUCACACAGCGCAGAGUCUCUUUGAAGUCUAUAUGACUGAGAAUCUCGUCAGUCACUAUCGAUUGGAGAAUGAUUUCUUUAUGAGAAUCGAUGGUUAUCCCAGAAAUUAUGUGGGUAUGUUGGCGGAUGGACGAUGGCAUACAGUCAAGUUUCGAAUCUCGACGAGGCCACAAAACCUUGAUCUCGUGAGUUCUCUUGGGAUCAACCGAUUUGCACUUGUAAAAUUCUUUCCUCAAUUUUCCGAUCCUCUUCCAUCACCAGCUUGUGGACACAGAGAAAAUGAAGAACAACAAGCUUAUCAUCUUCUCCGUGUUCCCGAUCUUCUCUCUUUUCUUUAUUUACCUGAUGUUUUGAGUCCAUUGAGUAUCAAAACGGCGAUGACUUUUCGAUCGGAUGCAGACUCAGGAUUAUUGAUGUUUGGGAGUUGGAAAGAAGAGGAAGAAUGGGGAAGAUUUCAGGUGCACUAUCAUGGCGAGAAAAUGACAGCAAUGUAUUGCACUCAAAGUGAGACUUUCGAUGAGAAAUGCUCAGCUUGUGCUGUUUACAGAAUUGGAGGUUUUUCAUCGGACAACUGGUCAAGAGUUGCUUUCUAUAAAGAUUUGGAUUCCUACUAUUUGAUGGUUGAUCGAGAGUUGUGCGAAUUAAAGUUGCUCACUGAGGAGAACGAGUUUGACACAUCUGAGAUGUACAAGACUUUACUCAUUCGUGGCUCGGUUCUUUUCAUCGGUGGAAUGUUUCAUAAAAGAAAUAUUUUUGAGAAUACAAGAGAGAAAUUGCCGUCAUUAAGAGGUUGUGUGAAAGAUGUUUUCUCAAAUGGUCAUCGAGUGAAUUUACAUGAGGAAUUCGAGAGACAAAUGACAAAGACACUUGUCGCUCCUCAGAAACGAUCAUUUGGAGUGAUGCGUGGCUGUGGCGUUUGCGCAGUUCGCUGUAAAGGAGAUGCUCGUUGUCGUCCGAUGACAAGCAGUCGAGACCCGGAAUUCGCAUGCGAUUGUGCGGACAAUUAUCAAUAUUCAAACUUUGGCACUUGUCGAAAGCCUAGAGACGGAAGUCUCUCUCUGUCAGCCACCUCUCUAAACGCUUAUCGAUCAAUCUACACAGUGCCGAGAAAUUCAGGAGUACUGCAACGAAUCUGGCUCAAAUUGCGUUUACCAAGUGUAGAAUUAAAGGAAAACACACCACUCGUCAUGUUUUAUUCAUAUGGACGAAUUAUUUUCCGAGUCUUCUUAGACGUUUAUGGGAGUUUGAAUGUACAAAUGAAUCCUGAGGAUCCAGGAGUGUUCACAGCAAGUGCUGGAAAACAAAUCCCGAAAGGCGAUGAUCGGAUUCAUUUGGUGAAAUUGGAGCGACGAACUCCACUCGGCACUCAUCCAUCAAGACGUUUCUUUAACUUAUAUAUCGAUGGCAGCAAGUUCAGCGUUCAAGAUCCGGGACUCCCAUUGACGAGUGUCGAGUUUGCAUUGAUCAAUGUUCUAAACGAUAAAGAGGCUGGUUGUGUGACUGAUUUUGGAGCAGCUUAUGAAUAUGAUGAGCACAAUGGAGGAAUGGUUCAACAGAUUGAUCUUAAAGGAUUGAUGAUGCAAGAUUUGGGACUCUCGGAUGGCAAUGAUACUUGUGGAGCGGUUGAUCCGAGACUUUGGAUCUACGGACCCCCAGAAAGUGAGCCAUCGGUCUUCGGAAAGAUUCACGAUUACACGCCGAAUGGUCGACCCGAAGCAGCUCUUUUAUUAUCUCCUCAAUGGAUGAUCUACUCAGUUCUCCUGACUUGUUUCCUCGUUCUUUUAAUUCUCCUUUGUCUCUGUCUUUAUUGUUUCUUGCUCAAGAAAGGUGGAAAGAAAAUCGAUGAUGAUGACCUUUAUCCGGAUUCAAAAAUGAGCCGUCAUUUGAUCAGAAGACGAUCCGAUGAAUAUCCAGUGAUUAUGAGAAGGCCAACACUGGAAUCAAAUCGAGACAGCUAUAUUUCGGAUAGUUUGGACAAUUCGGAUAUUCGGGCUUACGAUGACAUUCGGACACACAAAGUCAAGAUUGACAGGGAAUCGAUGAUCUCCUUUCUCGAUCCAGUGAAUGAAGAGAGUCGACUCGCACAAGCAAGAAUAGUGAGGAGAAAUGUCGAUGAGAAUGCUCCACUCGUUCAUAUUCACGAUUUUGAGCAC